UUUGCUUUCAAGAGGUCGGCGGGUCAACAAAAAUGUGUUAGUGUUGUUCUAGUACGUAGACUUGGAAAAUAUUAUUCGUCAUCAUGGUUUUUGCUCUUUGGCUUUAAAUAUAAUCUUGUUUCGUAUGCAUGUCAACAAAUAUAAGACUCAGAGCAAAUUCCAUGCCCCUUCUUGAAAUUCUUCUAACCACUCUGUUCUAAGUGGAUAUGUAUAUAUAUGCAUGUUAACGGCUCUGGUAGCUAAUCUACUCUGAUCUGUCUAUUGCAUAAUAAUUAUGUUGUAUAUUUUAUAUUACUAUAUAUUUAUAACGAUAUGCAGAAGUUGACUGAUAGGUUUUGCAGAUAUUUAUUGCUCACAUCAAAUUAUUUUAAUAGCAGGACACAUAUCAGAAAAUACUCACAUUUAAGUUGUAAGAGAAAGUCAUGCACUGUGGACAGAGUUCAAAUAUCGAAUUUUGGACAAAUAUACAUCCCCGGCCAUCAAGUGCAAUCAUAUGCAAAUGCAAAACCAAGGUUUCGUUUGAAGAGACUUACAUUAAAAUCCGAUGAUUUAAAUAAGAUAAAACAAAUGAGUGAACCUUGGCAGCCCACUCCAAACCAUGUUAGCUAUGGAGGACAGUUUAUUGAAAUUUCUAGCGAUGACGACAGUGCCACUGAAGCCUGGCAGGAGAGCUACAGUAGGGGGUCUACAAGUUGUGCUAGUCAAACUCUGAAUUCUUCAAAUAUACCGCCAGAUUUUCGGGUCUGGGAGUCAAUUGGCAAAACUACUAAAUACAGCAGUGGUAACCCAUUGAGGUUUCGCGUGCUGUCGUACAACGUAUUAGCGCAGUAUCUGUUAGAAUGUCAUCCGUACUUGUACACAGAGUGCACGCCUCGGAACUUGAAGUGGAAGGUCCGAGCGGCGCGACUAUAUGACGAAAUAUUGAAGUUGGCGCCCGACAUUUUAUGUCUACAAGAAGUACAAGCGUCUCAUCUAAACAGUUUUUACUCUAAAUUUGAGAAAAUUGGUUACUCUGGAAUAUUUAAAAGAAAAACGGGACACCGGCACGAUGGAUGCGCCAUUUAUUUCAAACACUCGCUUUUUGAAAUGCAAGAUACUGUCAGUGUGGAGUUCUACCAACCGGAGCUCCCGAUCCUCAACCGAGACAACAUAGGCAUGAUGGUGAAGCUGGUUCCGCGGCACUGCCCCGACACCCCCAUAGUGGUGGUCACCACUCACCUGCUCUACAACCCCAAGCGCACCGACGUCCGGCUGGCUCAGAUGCAGGUGUUGCUGGCUGAGAUUGACAGAUUUGCGUAUUUCGACAAUGGGAGAGAAUCGGGUCAUAUACCCGUGAUCUUGACCGGAGACUUUAACUCGACGCCGGAUAGUGCUGUCGUCAGGCUGCUCGACAAGGGACAAGUAAGCGCUAGUCCGUUCCGGGACAGCUCGGAUUGGAAGAAAAUUGGAGUGACAGAUAACUGCCAACAUCUCUCCGUUUACUUGAACCGGUCCAAAGGAUUGCCUACUGAUUUCUGCAUGACAAAGAUAUACAAUUCUGAAUACCGGGCCAAUUUGCCGGAGCUGGAGGACGCGUCAGCCAGCCGCGGCGAGGAGUACGGCGAGCUGUUCAACAGCGGCGCGGUCGGCCACGGCUUCAACCUGGCCUCCGUGUACGACAAGGUCAAGCACGACGGCAGCCCCGAGGCCACCACCUUCCAGGACUACUGGGUCACGGUGGACUACAUUUAUUUUAGCUGCUGUAGCAGCUUGAAGCUGGUGGAGAGGCUCCGGCUGCCGACGGCAGCCGAGUGCCAGGCGCUGGGCAAGCUGCCCAACGACGUGUACGGCUCGGAUCACCUCGUCCUCGGCGGGACUUUCGAGCUCAAGCCACUCCAAUCUUCCUUAUAACGUAUCCUUCAACAUAAUUA